AUGCUGAGCUCCUUGCGGCGGCGUCCGGCGGCGCUGCUGCCGCGCAGAGCGAUCGGCGCAGCGCGCGCCAAGCACAGCAAGGAGGACCUCGAGAUCCGCGAGUCUGUCAGGAAAUUGGACUACGACGGAUACGUGUGCGGCCUGCUGCUGCCGCUGAAGACGCGGCCGUCCUUCUUCGCCAUUCGCGCUCUGAACGCCGAGAUCGCUACCAUCAAGGACUCGGUCCACAGCAACCAGAUCACGGGCAAGAUCCGCAUGCAAUGGUGGCGUGAGCGGAUGUACAAUUUGUACGAAGUUUCGGCUUCUUCGGGUGUGGAACGACCGGAGCAGUCGACGAUGCUGCUGCGAGGACUGGAUAAGGCGGUGCAGGAGCACGACCUCACGCGGAGAUGGUUCGAGCGAAUGCUGGACGCGCGUGACCAGGAUCUUGACCGGGAGGAGGUGCAGAGCUUGCAUGAACUUGAGGUUUAUGCGGAGCAGACGGCGUCUUCGCUGCUGUACCUCACGCUGGAGUGUCUUGGCGUUCGCGACGACACAGCGGACCGCGUGGCAGGACACGCCGGCGUUGCUAUCGGACUUGCGACGCUGCUGCGAGGCACGGCUUAUCACAGCUCCCGGCAACAGUCUUAUCUUCCCGAGGACCUCAUGAACAAGCACGGCGUAACCGUGGAGGAUGUGCUUGCCGCCGUUGAAGACCCCAAGCUCGGCGAGAAGGUGGCGCCUGUGGUAUUCGACGUUGCCUGCCGUGCGAUGGAGCACCUUCACCAAGCUCGCUCACUGCGGAAAGAUCUGCCGAGCGAGUCGCGCAGUGCGUUCCUGCCGCUGGUUAGCUCCUCGCUGUACUUGAAGGAGCUGGAAGCUGCCAACUUCAAUGCCUUCGCGCCCGAACUGCAGCAACGCAACAUGCUGCAACUGCAUUUUGAGGUGUUGAAGCACUUCUUCUUGCGCAAAUACUAG